AUGAGCGACUACACGUUCCUCGAAGAGAUGGGUAGGAAGAUUGGGGACUGGGGUCGCGAGAUAGUGCAAGGUGGCUAUACGAGAAACAGUACAGGUAUCAAGCCCGCCAGAGGGAUGGCGGACAUGAGGGGAAGAGGAAGAGGACGCGGUAGGGGGAUGGCUAUGAAUGCCGGGAAGAAGACGCGCUCUAAGCGCGACAUACUCAAAAUGCAGUUGGACUUCCGGGAUAUUGAAAUGGAGCAACUGCCUGCCGGUAUGGAGAGACGAAUUCUGAACCAAUCAGCCUGGGAUUUCAAGAACAGGACAGCGCUCCUUACACUUGAGUUCAAAUUCCACUGUCCUCCUGAUCCUCUUGCACCCUCAUCACAACCACACGAACCUCCAUUUUGCCUUUUAACCCACCGGAAUUCCCUAGAAAAGCCCCUUCUUUCUGUCAUGCAGGCUCAAGUAGCUGAACGUAGCAAAUCACGGAAGGGUGAUCCCGUUCCCUCCUGGCUUAUUCCCUUCGUUUGUCCAGAUCCAGACGCCCCGGAUUGCUUCUCGUCCCCAAUCUGCCUGAUGCGCACCUCGAUAGAUCCCCUCGCUCCGUUAGCUUCUACAGGUCCUUAUCCAGGCCAUAUCCUCUGCGAGGGUUAUUACAAGCUCGAUCCCACCCAGCCGCUUGCAGCGGUGCUAAAACACAAAUCCUUCGUCGAAUUUCCAACGAUAGAAGUUUGGGAAGAUGGCGCCUUCCAAGGGGCAAUAGUAGAUCCUCAAGGCAUUCUACAGGACACUCACGAACGUUCGCCAAAACGGCGGAAACUGAGCGCCAAGGAGGGAAGGAAAGCAAUGUCCGGGCUACUCGGAGGAUAUGGCAGCGAGGAUGGAGAAGGCGCAGAUGGACGAAAUGUCUUGGAUUUACUUGGUGGGUAUGCUGGUAGCGACGACGACGCCGAUACCGCGGAAGCGCGGCCAGAAGACGCAGAGGCAACAUACAGGACUCGCGAAGAGGAAUUAGGUGACAUGCUAGGGGACGAGGAUGCUGAAGGGGAAACCGAUGACGAGCUAGAAGAAGACUCAGAAAAGUUGGCAAUGCUUCUUGAACAGCUGCGCCAACAGGGUGCACUUCGGGACCCUACCGCGGACAGAUCAUUCAGUGGGCCCGGGGAUGGAGACGACGAGCAAGUGGAUUGGGGGGGGUCGGAAGACGAAAGGUAA